GGCUUUCGCUUUCAGUCACCAGCUAGAACGCAGCUGAGGCAUCUGAGCUCCAGGCCCAAGGGCGGGAGCCACCGCCGCCCCUAUGGCGCCCACCGCCCUCUGGGUCGCGCUGGUCGUCGGACUACAGUUGUGCGCCACCGGGCACAGCGUGCCCGCCCAGGUUACCUUGACGCCCUACAUGCCAGAACCUGGCAACAACUGCCGGAGCCCAGAGGAAUACUAUAACCGGAGGGUUCGCAUGUGCUGUGCUAAGUGUCCACGUGGUCAGCACGCAAAGCACCUCUGCAAUGAAACGUCGGACACCGUGUGUGCUGACUGUGAGGAGAGCACGUACACCCAGCUCUGGAACCAGCUUUCCACCUGCCUGAGCUGUAGUUCUCCCUGUGGCGCUGACCAGGUGGAGAUUUAUACCUGCACAAAACAACAGAACCGAGUGUGUGCCUGCAAAGCCGACAGGUACUGCGCCUUGAAAACAAGUUCUGGCAGCUGUCGACUGUGCAUGAAGCUAAGCAAGUGUGGCCCCGGCUUCGGAGUGACCCAUUCAAGAUCUGCAAACGGGAAUGUGGUGUGCAGUGCCUGUGCCCCAGGGACUUUCUCUGAUACCAUAUCGUCCACAGAUGUGUGCAGGCCCCACCGCACCUGUAGCAUUUUGGCCAUUCCUGGAAAUGCAAGCAUGGAUGCUGUCUGUGCACCGGAGUCCCCAACUUCAAGCACUGUCCCAAGGACAGUCUAUGCAUCUCAGCCAGAGCCCACAAGAUCCCAGAUCCUGGAGCCAAAGCCAGGGCCCAGCCACACUUCAGACACCUUCUUGGUCUCUGUGGACUCAACCCUGAACAGUGUACAGCCCAAGGGUGACAUCUCUCUACCAAUUGGUCUGAUCGUGGGGUUGACCGCUCUAGGUCUGCUGCUGCUGGGGCUGGUGAACUGCUUCAUCCUGGUGCAAAAGAAAAAGAAGCCCUCCUGCCUACAAAGAGAAGCCCAGGUGCCUCACCUGCCUGACGAGCAAUCCCGGGGUGCGAUAGGCCUUGAGCAACAGCACCUGUUGACCACAGCACCCAGUUCCAGCAGCAGUUCCCUGGAGAGCUCAGGCAGCACUGGGGACAAGAGGGCGCCCCUUAGGGGCCAUCCCCAAGCAACAGCCAAAGAGGAGACCCGAGGGUCUCAGGGAGCCUGUGCAGGUUCCAGGAGUUCAGAUUCUUCCCAGGGCAGCCACGGGACCCAUGUCAACGUCACCUGUAUCGUGAACGUGUGCAGUAGCUCUGACCACAGCUCAAAAUGUUCUUCUCAAGCCAGCACCACAGUGGGGGACCCAGAUGCCAACCCCUCAGUGUCCCCAAAGGACGAGCAGGUCCCUUUCUCCCAGGAGGAGUGCCCUUCUCAAGGCCAGCGGGAGACCCCAGAGACACUGCAGUGCCAGGAGAAGCCCUUGCCCCUUGGUGUGCCCGAUGUGGGCAUGAAGCCCAGCCAACCAGGCUGGUAUAACCAGGUUGCAGUCCAAGUGGCCUGACCCCCCGGCAGGGGUGACACCCUGCCAAGAGACCACCCCCGAGUCCUUCUAGACCCUCAACCCACAGGACUUCAUGACUCUUUCUAGGCCCAUUUCCCUUACUGGCCUCCGCAGCCCCACUUGCAGGUCAAGUGAGGGUUCAGGCAGCUAGAGUGGCCAAAAGCUCCUGCCAUGGUUGUUCUAUGGAGAAGUUCCAGCAAGUUCUUGCUCUUCUGCGACCCUCUGGAUCUCCUGGGCUCUGGCUUGACUCUGCCUCCUGAGAGGCCCCAGUGUCUUUCCCUCCUCAAGAGCUAACAUCCUCUUCCAUAGUUGGAGAAA